ACCGAACGCGAGGCUCUAAAACCUCCGUAGCCUGUCAAGCUUUGGCUUGGCGUCUUCUCACAACGGCCUCUUUGUUACCAUCACCCCAACACGUGUUUCCCGCGGCCUCUGCCGGCAGAAGGGGAGAGGUGUGCGUUGCAUGUGUGUGGCAGGAGACGGUUGACCAACUCGGAGUGUUGUCCGCGACCCUCUCGCAGCCGGUCUGUUGGCCUUGGCUGCCGCCAUGUCGAACACCGCGCAUCACGCUCACACGUACGGCACCGAAUGCCGUCUGGCCCCGGUUGCGCCCCUUCCCGACGACUACCGCGAUGGCGAUGGCCAUGAGGAUGACUAUGGCGCUGCGACAGAGAGAAUCCCGCCCAUCAACGCCCAGUUCUUCUACUCAUCCCUAAUCCCCAUCCAAGACUCGCCCUCGUCCGCUGCCUCCGACGCUAGGGGCUCAUCCGCCCAAAGCCAACGUCCCUUUUCCGAAGCCGACAACAACGCGCUCGAGCGGGCAUGGCUAUCCCUAGCCUCAGACACCCACCGCCGCGCCCACUCCCGCGCCCAGCGGAACCGGAGCCCGAGCCUGUCCGAGUCGAGCAGAGACGCGGCCACUCUUACCGCCAUCUAUCGCCGCUUGAUCGAGAAGCACAGUUUGAGGCAUCAGCAAGACGCCGCACCGUUCUCUGUCUCGAAUUCCCCGACCGCGACCCCCGCGUGCUGCCCUGAGCUCCGGACCGAUGCCGCCAGCGAACUUAGGGGUACAUUCUGUGUCCUCACCCGCCGGCGCCUAGGUAUGGACAGCGAAGCUGUCGUUGCUACGGUCAUGGCCGAGCUUGGCAAGGCUGGCCCCACAGAUACUAGAGGCCAGACUGAAGCCAGGUCGAGGUCUGAACAGCUGUCCCCAACUGCGGCCACCGGGGCCAGACCGAGCAUGCUCCCGGCCACGAGAAUCGGAAGAACCGGUUCCCGUGUCAAGGCCGCCGACGCGGCCAACAGUUCAAGAGCCAGAGCCGGCAGCAACACCCUGGCCACAACCACUGUCCAGCCAGGGCCCCCGCCGCCAGAUGAUGGGAUUUCGGGAAAGCCGUUUGUAAAAAUCGGAUCCCCAGGCACAGAGGACACCCCAAUCUCGCCCCCUAACGCUACACCCCCGAAACCCCGAACGGCUACUGUGGUCACAAACACACCCAACGACAACCAAGCGGAGCCAUGGGAGCCCGCUCGUGCCGUCCAAGUACCCGUCGGCUCACGCCUGUAUCUAGUCUCGUUCCCGGAAAUGCAGAUGCGGCCAAUGUACUGGUCCCCAAUCAAUGACGUGACCGUGGUAACUCGGGCCACUUGGUUCUAUCGAGACAAUAUGACCCCUGUCGAGCCCAAAGUCGCAAACCAACUCGAGGCUGGCUACUGUGAGCUUCGCCCUUGGUCUGAGGCCUGGAGUAUUGAGAUUCGCUGCGCCAUUGCGGUGGGCGCGUUGGGGGAGGAGAAAGUCAGCCAGCCUCUCUGGGGCCACCCGCCCGCUGGUACCAACGCCAACGUCGAGGACAUGCUUCCUGUUGAGCCGGGCAUAUCUGAUGAUCCCUAUUGUGCGGCGCGUUGCUAUCGUGGUAGCGCGGCUGCUGUCGGUGUGCUCAGCCCCCAUGUGGGCGAAACCACAGACACCGGCUCGACGGGCAGCUAUCCAAACUGGCACGUUGUGUACAAGAACGCAACAGAAGCCAACCUACUCAAGCCAAGCCUGCGGCCGUCCGCCUACUACUCCCGUACCCCGAUCUCGAGGAUCAUGAAGGGCGCCACUGUCGGCAUCCCUGUAGUUCGUGGGUUCAAUCGGGACGCCUGGCGCCGCAUUCAUGAACGUCCCAGGGGCGCUAGUGGCAAGGGAGCCAGCCACCCCUUGGCCAAGGCGGUUACAACAGCUGAGGCGAGACCACAAUCCAGGCCUUUGGGCCCGUCAUGUACCGCCUGUGCUGCCGAGACGGAAAACUGGCGUGACCUAGUCCUCGUGAUCCACGGAAUCGGCCAGAAGUUCGCCGAGCGGGUCGAGAGCUUCCAUUUCACGCACGCCAUCAACAGCUUUCGACGGGCUGUCAACACCGAGCUCGGAAGUAACAACUACAGGGACGCCGCUGGCGGUAUCAUGGUGCUCCCAGUCAACUGGCGCCACCUCCUCUCGUUCGAGGACGGCGGGACGAUGCAGCAAGGUGGUGCUGGCGCGGCAGCCGCACCAGAAAGCUUUGGUCUCAAGGAUAUCGAACCCAAAACCAUUCCGGUUGUGCGUGGCUUGAUAUCAGAUGUCAUGUUUGAUGUCCCUUACUAUCUCUCGCAUCACAAGCCACGAAUGAUCAAAGCCGUCACGAGGGAAGCAAAUCGCAUCUAUCGUCUCUGGUGCAAAAACAACCCCGGGUUCGCUGAUCAGGGCCGUGUGCACCUGAUAGCUCACUCCCUCGGGAGCGUUAUGGCCCUUGACAUACUCUCUAAUCAACCUACAAUCACACCACCGCUCAGGGAUCCAACCUGUGAGGCAGACCCGGAUGCCCGGCAUUUCGAGUUUGACUGCAAGAAUCUUUUCCUGCUUGGCAGUCCGGCCGCCUUCUUCCUCCUACUGGAGCGCUCACAGUUGGUUCCGAGGGAAGGCCGCCUGAAGCCAGGCACAGAUCCUGCUGAUGUCACCUCCAAAGAUAUCGUUGGACAGCAGGGCCAGUUCGGCUGCCUUGCUGUUGAUAAUAUCUACAACAUCCUUUCCCGAGAAGAUCCUGUUGCGUACUUGCUCAACAGCACAAUCGACCCGGUAUAUGCGGCAAGUUUGAAGAAGACAUUCGUACCCACCACGGCAACCUUCUUCCAGUCCAUUGGCAAUGGCAUCAGAGGCCUGUGGGGCGGCGCACCGACCCAGCCGGGCGCGGGGACAGUGCCCAACAAACCACCGACGGUUCGGCUCCCCUCACAACUGGAGCUGGAGGUCCAUGACUUCACGCGUGAAGAGAUCGCUGAAAGGAAGGCGAUCCUCCUCAACGACAACGGGACGCUCGACUAUUAUCUUCAUUCAAGUGGUGGCCCUUUGGAGAUACAGUACCUGAACAUGCUCCAUGCCCACAGCAGCUACUGGACGAGCCCGGACCUGAUACGAAUGCUCUGCAUGGAGAUUUGCAGGAAGCCGGGGCGAGCUUACAUAUAUGAAGGCCUGAGAGCCACAAAGGCCGCGAAGCGGCUGGUUCCAAGAACCCCUGGUUAGAGAAGGCCCGUCGCCUACAGGGGUACACAAACAUACUGAUAGAGAACGGCAUGGAUACAUGGAGUUAUAAACAUAGAAUUUUGCGCCGGUUGUCGUUUAUAGACGGAUAUGGAAAUUAGGGCGCAUUGCAGGUAAUCACAUUAAUUAGAUACGUGGCCAAGUUUAUAAUCGAACUCUACUCAUACGAUAAACCCGCC